AUGAUAUCAGCAUUAAGAAACAUCAUAUCUAUAACUGCAAAAAAAAAUUUUAUUCAUAACACAUCUAAAUUUCAUUUAUCAGCAAACUUGGCUGGUUUGGUGCAAUUUAAAUUAUCAGAUAUUGGUGAAGGUAUUGCUGAAGUUCAAGUUAAGGAAUGGUUUAUUAAAGAAGGUGAUACUGUAUCACAAUUUGAUAAUAUUUGUGAUGUUCAAAGUGAUAAAGCAUCUGUGACAAUAACGAGUAGAUAUGACGGUGUAGUUAGAAAACUUUAUUACAACAUUGAUGAUAUGGCAAAAGUUGGACAGCCAUUAAUUGAUAUCGAGACAAAUGAUAAUAGUGACGUUGCAAGUAGUAAUGAUGAAAAAGAAAUAAAAAUUGAUACUAAAGAAACAAAACCACUACCAUCUUUUGCCUCAAGUAAUGCUGAAAAUAUAAAAAGUGGAAAAGUUUUAGCUACUCCUGCUGUUCGUAGAAUAGCUUGGGAGAAUAAUAUUGAUUUGACAACUGUUAAUGGUUCUGGAAGAAAUGGUAGAAUUAUGAAGGAAGAUGUUUUAAGAUUCCUUGGAGAAAUACCUCCAUUAGAAGAACCAAAAGAGGAAAUUUCUAAGAAAUCUAUUAUUACAGGAGAAGAUAAAGUUGUUCCAAUAAGGGGUUAUACUAGAGCUAUGGUUAAGACAAUGUCUCAGGCUUUAAAUGUCCCACAUUUUGGUUAUAAUGAUGAAUUUUAUGUCGACAAACUUGUUGAAAUGAGAAAAGAUUUGAAAGAAAUUAGUAAAGAAAAAGGAAUCAAAUUGAGUUACAUGCCAAUGUUUAUUAAAGCUUGCUCAUUAGCUUUACUUAAAUAUCCAUCUUUGAAUGCUACUGUUGAUGAAAAUCUUGAAAAUGUAAUUUAUAAAUCUAGUCAUAACAUCUGUCUUGCGAUGGAUACACCCGGUGGACUUGUUGUGCCAAAUAUAAAAAAUUGUGAACAAAAAACAAUAUUUGAGAUUGCUGAAGAUCUUAUGAAACUUCAUGAAAGUGGCAAAAAACAACAAAUACGUAAAGAAGACCUGUCAGGUGGAACUUUUACUCUUUCUAAUAUUGGUGCUAUUGGUGGUACAUAUGCUAGUCCGGUAAUUUUUGUUCCACAAGUUGCUAUCGGUGCCAUAGGUAAAAUAGAAAAAUUACCACGUUUUGACAAAAGUGGAAAUGUAUAUCCAGCAUCAAUUGUUAAAAUUUCAUGGGCUGCAGAUCACAGAGUUGUUGAUGGCGCAACAAUGGCUCGUUUUUCUAAUUUAAUGAAAAGUUAUCUUGAAAAUCCAAGUCUUAUGCUUUCAGAGAUGAAGUAA